GGCUUUUCUUUUCCCGCUCGUGAUUCGUCCAUCCUUCACGAUGGCCACCCACCGCGACUUGCUCGCUAUGCCUCUUUCGGGUAAGCCGGCAUCACGUGGAAGUCGGAAUAAUAUUCUUGCGCGUGGGCAGCCUUUAUUAUUUUCGGUCGCGAUUUGGUUUUUCUUCUUCCUCUUCUUCAGCAUUCGCCUCCUCAUGGCUCAAAAACACUCUUGCCAGGCUGCUUUUCUGACUUUUCUCAGAUUUGCAAUUUGAUUCUGUGCACCUACAAUGUUCAUGGUUCUGAUUUGGAUACGCCACGCGUCAAUCCUAUGCCCAGUAGUAGCUUUUCGCAGUAUAAAUGCAUACUGAGACUGAUACAUCAGACCACUACACUAACACAUCAGGUUGUGCUGCAACACUUCCAGUUGUCACAAGGUUUUCAAUCUAGGACUAUUAAUUUAUUUUCUCUCUGACGUCGAUUGUGUUGUCAAACCAGCAUGAGUGGUGGGGUACAGGAAUCCGGUUGCAUCAGGCUUUGCUUCGGUGUCGAUCAUCUGCUCUGGCUGGCGCCAUUCCGUGCAGAUUCACAGUUAGAACAAACUGGAAAUAACAAACCCAUUCAAUUCUGGAUC